GGCGGGACGGCUUGCGGAGUACUUCCGGGUCAGGGGUCGCCCAUGCUAGUUCCAUGUGGAGCGGUGGACCUGGAGCAGAAGCUGAUCGCACAUCCGCAUAGAGUUUUUUCUUUUCACUUCUGAACGCGGACCUCACAGCGAGCCGCCGAGAUGACUUCUUUAGCCCAUCAGCUGAAGCGCCUGGCACUACCACAGAAUGACCCCAGCCUGCUCAGUCGGCACCAGGCCGCAUCACUUCUGUUUGACCCUAAGGAAGCCGCAACUAUCGACAGAGAAACCUUUUUUGCUCUCGGAUGCACUGGGCUUGAAGAGCUCAUGGGGAUUGACGCCUCCUUUGCCGUCUUCGAGGAAACUCUGUUCAGUAACACUUCUCAAAGCUUGGAGCGCAGUGUGCAAACCAAAGCCGUGAACCAACAGCUGGACGAGAGCAUAGCCUUGUUUCUUACCCACCUUUCCCCGUACUUCAUGCUGAAGCCAGCCCAGAAGUGCAUGGAAUGGCUUAUUCACAGGUUUCAUAUCCAUCUCUACAAUCAAGACAGUCUGAUAGGCUGUGUUCUGCCAUAUCAUGAAACAAAAUUAUUUGUCCGAGUCAUUCAGCUCUUGAAGAUUGAAGACCCCACGCACAAGUGGAACUGGCUGCAUCCAAUUCAGAAACCGGGGGUCCCUCUUGCCAGAAGCACCCUAAUCACACAUUGCUACAAGGACAUGGGGUUUAUGGAGUUUAUUUGCAGUUUGGUCACGAAAUCUGUGAAGGAGUUUUCAGAAGACUCGGAAGGCAAGGCCAAGCUGAGGGUCCUGAUAUCGUUUUAUGUCUCCGCCAUAGUGGCCGCUUUGGAUGCUGCGGAUAAGAUCUCUGACACAUUUGUCGCCAAACUCCUUCCUUAUGUGCAGAAGGGGUUGAAGUCUUCUCUGGUAGAUUACAAAGCUGCCACCUACAUGAUAGUCUGCCAGUUAUCUGUGAAAACGGUCAUGGAGCCAACGUUGGUGAAAGCCCUAGCAUCACAGCUCAGCCGCAACCUGCUGAAGACACCAUCUCUGGUCCGGGAAGGCGUGGGGUCCAUAAUCAUUCUUUUACAGAGUCAGCAGUCCAAAAACGUGGGGAAGAAACCAUUUUUACAUCUCUGUAAGGUCCCAGAAUUGGUCAGUGUGCUUCAGAAAAUCUCUUCCUCCCACGACACAAGCUCCUUAUUGGAAUACCUCCUCCCGAAUCUAGUCCAUGCCAUCGUUCCCUCCCCCGCAGAACAACAUGAAGAUGUCCUCAGCCCUGAGUUGUGUAGAAGUAAUCUAGAAGCAAUCCUUCAGAACAUCCCGCUGCAGAAAGACUUGGAUAAGCUAGUAGCUCGCACGUUCCUGGAGGAAUUCCUUUUAUAUGGAGAAGAACAUCAAGCAGACGAUGACAAGAUGGCUGAACUGAGCCAAUGUUUUCUCCCGCUCAUCAGGCUGUUUGAAAACAAAUAUCCUGAAGCUCUGGAUUUUGUCUUGGAAAGACAGCUGAAGGAUGCAAAAGACCAAGAGAAACAAGACUUGUUUCACCAGUUCAUUGCGCUCUCUACCAGUGGAGGAAAACAUGAGUUACUGGCGGACUGUGACACCUCGCUCCUGCUUAGCUUGAACCACCCCCAGGCCGCCGUAAGACACCUCGCUUUACUGCAUCUUAAGGACGUCAUUCAGAAGUCCAAGGCUGGUUUUGAGGAGUCCUUUAUUAAAGAAGCGAUUCUAGCUCGUCUCAAGGAUGAUGACAUUGAGGUGCUUUUGUCUGCCUUGCAGUCAUUUAAGCUUUACCUCAGCCACUUUGAUGCAGAAGAAAUGGUUUCAGUUCUUCUCGACUUGUUUGAUCGUGCAGAACUUUCUCAGACUGAUGGCUGGUCGAAAGCUAUUGAAGAAGCUACAGAACUUAUUAUUCAAGAAAAUGCCAUCAAAGAUCACCCUGAGCUUUGUAAUAAAGUGAUAAUGGCCGUGAUACCGCACAUGGUUUUCACAAGCAACCAGGUCAACUCUGCGGAGAGCACCAUGGCUGUGUACCUGGGAAGAAGUGGUCUUUGUCUCCUGCACCCAUUAUUAAAAGGCUGGCCAGAAGCACUUGGUGAUGGCUUAGAAAAUGCUCAGUCUGGAAAUUGUGCUGUGGCUGUAAACGCCAGCUUUUCUCAGCUGUUGUCUGCCAACAUGGCUGCCAUGGACUCAUCGAUGGUUUUAAAGACGGUUGAAGAUUUGCUGCACGUAGCUGACAAGGACACGAUCUUGGUGAGAGAGAAGGUGACUUUUCUUGUUCUCAGUCAUGCCCUGGUGACCGGAUGUUCUACAUGCCAGGACCCUGAGCUGCAGGUCUCAAUCCGAAUCUUCCAGCUGCUUGACAAGAAACUGAGGAAUGUGCUGGCUGUGGAACAGGAUACCUCAGAUAAGUGGCUGCUGACUAAAUCAAGCGGGGAGCAGCUUCAGAGGACUGUCUUGACUGAGUACAUUAAGAAGUUGAAUGCUGGAGAGAGCGUGGACUUGGAGGAGGCUGUAUUGCUCAUGCUGAGAUUGCAGAACUUCCUGAAAAACCUAAAAUGUCCAGAAUCUUUCCCUAAAGGUGAAACUUGGUGGAAUCCUGAAACCAUGGAUAACCUGAGCAAGAACUACCUGCAGCUUCUUAUUGGCCUGUUUGAUGUGAUCGUCAUUGGUGCCAGUGAAGGAAACCAUACUGAGAACUUCCGAGCUCUCUUGGGCAUUUUAUUCUCCGGUUGUUUAAAAGGGCCGCUGAAACUGUUCAGUUUCCUCUGUCUUCUUUGGACCUAUAGCUACAACCACUCAGGUCCUGUGGGCUGCACAGUGAAUGCGGUGUUACAAACCCGAGCCUUCUACAUCGGCCAAGCCUUACUAACAUCACAGUCUGGUCCUACAAAAAGAGACUUUAAAUCAAUUUCAUCCCCAGUGGCCGUGUCUUUGCUGCUUAACCUGGCUAAUCCUAUAAGAGAGGUGCGUAGAGGCGCCAUGGCUUGCUUAAGUGCCCUUAAUAUGGCAAAGGAAUCACCGCUUCACCCAGUCAUGCAGGGAGUGAUGGAAAGAACCGAGGAGAUAGUUGCCGAUCCUAACUACGUGGCCCAGGCUUUAAACAGUGCGUUUGAACAGAUGCAAGCAUCCGCCUCUUCCAAGGCUUCUCCAAAGCUCAACGCAUUGAAGGAACUUUUGAGCCUUCUACAGAACCCAAGCUGCCCCUCGUAUGUUGGUACAGUUUUAAUGAAGGUGCUUCAAAGCGUAAAUGGUGAGGAUCUUCUGGUUCAGUUAUUGUCAGUUUUGAAAAGACUACUGGAUAAAGUAACGCAAUCUCCAAGUGACGUUCUACCAGAUGAGGCCUUGCUGCUUCACCUCCUCCUGGGCAAGUUUAAUGAGUAUUCUGCUGGCCUCUUAUCCACUAACCCUCAGUGCCUAGAUGUCUUUGUACAAGCUCUUAAGACCCCUCAGAUCUUCUCGGAUGGGGUGCCCUCCUUCCAGAUUACUGCUCUUGGACAAAUUACUAAGGCUUUCUUUUCCGCUCUUGAUGGGGCUGUCCAGCAGAAGCUUCUGGGUGUUCUUUUUGAUUUGCUUGUGGAGAGCAAGAACCCUGCAUGUGUUCAGGCGGUCAGCAGCGCUUUUAAGUCGAUUUCUGUAAAUGCCGUGCAUGUCGGUGCGGAGCUUGAACCUCCUGGAAGAGACAAGACGGUUUCCUCUGUGCGAGAAACCAGAAGGAGUAAAAUGCAGACCCAAAGGAAGCAGCAGGCAGAUGAGGUAGAAGGGAGUGUGAACUGGCCUAGGACUACGCUUAUCUUGGAGCUGCUACAACACAAGAAGAAGCUGAAGGAACCUCAACACUUAGUGCCUACUCUCUUCUACCUAUUGUCAAGGUGUCUUGAGCCUUCAAAUCCAGAGCAGGACAACAUGGAGUACACCAAACAGCUAAUCCUUAGUUGUCUUCUCAACAUCUGUCAGAAGGUUUCACUUGAUAAUGAAAAUGAUGCAAAAGAAAUACUGGAUGAGGAAAAGUUCAAUGUGGAGCUUAUUGUUCAGUGUGUGAGGACCUCUGAGAUGCCACAGACUCAUCAUCAUGCUCUUCUUCUCCUGGGAACCGCUGCUGGAAUUUUCCCUGAUAAAGUACUGCACAACAUCAUGCCCAUCUUCACUUUCAUGGGGGCCAAUGUUAUGCGUCUGGAUGACAGCUACAGUUUCCAGGUCAUCAGUAAGACCGUGCAGGCUGUGAUACCUGCACUGAUACAGGCAGGGGAGCAAACCUCCAAGGAGACCAACGAAGAUGUGGAGAAGGUGGUUGAGAAGAUUAUUCAUGUGUUUGUGGAUGCUCUCCCUCAUAUCCCAGAACACAGGCGACUGUCCAUCCUGUCCCAGCUUCUGGACACUGUGGGAGCAGAACGAUUCCUCUGGGUGCUCCUCGUUCUUCUUUUCCAACAACAUGUGACCAAAACUGUGACUGUGGCCACCAAUGGAGAGAAGGAUGCAGUGUUGGAGCGCGACACCGAAUUUUGGGUAUCUGUCUGCUGUGAAUUCAGUGUCCAGAAUCAGCUGGAGAGUUUGAUCAGUCUUCUAAACUUCCUCAGCAAACUUCCAGAAAAUAAAGAAGAAGAUGAACCGCAACAGAAGAAAAACAAAUUGCGGAAGCAGAAGGCUCGGAAAGAGGACACAGAACUCUUCAAUGUCACAACCCAUUCUGCUAAGCAGCUGCGUCACUUUAAGUUUUUAACGGUGUCUUUCAUGGCAAACCUCUUGGCUUCUCGCAGUUUUGUCGGCAAGGUGGUUGAGUGUGAAGCCGCGGAGGAAUUGCAAAAACUGGAGCAAAGGAUAUUAGAAGAAAUUCUCUGCUAUAUCAAAUUAGUCGCUGGCUCUGUGGAAGCAAAUGCAGACAAACCGACUGCAAAGUUCUGGCGAGCUCUUCUCAACAAGUCCUAUGAACUGCUGGACAAGAUCAAUGCUCUCUUGCCUACUGAGACCUUUAUCCUUGUGGUCCGUGGACUGAUGUCUAAUCAUCUGCCGUCCGUGCGACGCAAAGCAAUGGAUCUCCUUAACAACAAGUUACAGCAUCAAACACAGUGGAAAGACAAACAGAUUGAGUUAAUGUUGGGACUCGUUAAGGACCUUCUUUCUGUCGCACAAAGGAAAGGAAGCGGAGAAGGCGAAGAACAGGCCAUUAACAGGCAGACUGCUCUCUACAGCUUAAAACUACUCUGCAAAUGCUUUGGCUCUCAUAGGCUGCAAGUAUUUGUUCCGGUUCUUAAGGCAGCAGUCGACCUUGUAUCUGCGAAGCAGCCGGAGGAGAAGAAUGUUGUAGGCAGUGCUUUACUGUGCAUUGCUGAAAUCACUGGCACCAUCAAGGCCCUCGCCAUUCCCCAGCUGCCUCGGCUGAUGCCAGCCCUCCUCUCUACCCUGAAGCAUCGGAAGGAGUUACUCACUAAUGAGAUUCAUCUUCUAAGCACAGUAACUGUUCUGCAGAAAGUUAUGGAGACCCUCCCAAACUUCCUAAGUCCCUACCUACAAGAGGCGUUGCUCCAGGUUACCCGUCUGGAUAAGAUUGCUGCCAAAGUGGGACCCACAUCUCAGCUUUCAGUCACGGUGACCGCACUGAAAACUACUUUGGCGACAAAACUAGAAGCCAGAGUUCUUCUCCCAGUGAUCACUAAGUGCUACUGUCAUCUCCUGGACACACAGCAGCAAAAGUGCAUUGGAUCCCUAAUGGACAUACUGAGGGAACAUAUUGCCACAAUGGAGAAGCAGCAGCUGUCAUCCCAUCAGUCUGAACUGACCACAUUCUUCCUCAAAGCCAUGGAUUACAGAGCAGAACAUACUGAGAGUGACCUGGAAGAGGUGGGCACCACGGAAGGCCAUAUCAUUAACUGUUUCAUCAUCAUGGUCAUGAAGCUUUCAGAAGCCACUUUUAGGCCACUUUUCUUUAAGCUCUUUGACUGGUCCAAAACAGAGGGAUCCUCAAAAGACCGGCUCCUCACCUUCUACCGCUUGGCUGAUUGUAUUGCAGAGAAGCUCAAAGGACUUUUUACCUUGUUUGCUGGUCACCUUGUUAAGUCUUUUGCUGAGAUAUUGAACGAGACGAAUUCUAUGAAAACCGAUGAAGCAUUUUUUGAAUCUGACAACAAUGAAAAAAGUUGCCUUCUCUUGGAGUUUGUACUCAACUGUCUGCACAAAAUCUUCUUGUACGAUACUCAGCAUUUUGUUAGCAAGGAGAGAGCAGAGGCGUUAAUGAUGCCCUUGGUGGAUCAGAUUGAAAAUUUACUUGGAGGAGAUGAAAAGUACCAGAUAAGAGUGAGCCGCAGCCUGGUUCCUUGCAUUGCUCAGUUCUCUGUUGCUAUGGCUGAUGAUUCCCUGUGGAAACCUCUCAACUACCAGAUACUUCUAAAGAUGCGCGACUCCUCUCCUAAGGUUCGCUUUGCUGCACUGCUUGUCCUGGUUGAUUUGGUGGAAAAACUGAGAGAAAACUACAUGGUCCUGCUGCCAGAGACUAUCCCAUUCCUGGCAGAACUCAUGGAAGAUGAAUGUGAAGAGGUGGAACAGCAAUGCCAGAAGACUAUCAAGCAGCUGGAAAUUAGUUUGGGAGAAUCGCUGCAGAGCUAUUUCUAAGAGGUCUUCGUUCAAAUCCACCCUUAACCGAGUUCGGCCAUUCCGGAAAAAUCAAAAGCUUAUGUUUAAAGGCGUUUUCUGGUUUCAAUCAACAUAAUAUCUGUUGAAAACCAUAGAAAUCCCAGAAAACCCCUUGAAGUCAGAAACCAAAAGACGACUAGCUGAACUUUUGAGAGUGCACCGCCAAAGUUGGAAAACACAUGGACAAGCUGGAGGAGAUCUGAAGAUUUGAAAUACAGUAAAAUUUCUAAUAUUGUAAAAGUCCUUUUUCUUCCAGCAGUGUUUACCACAAUGAUCAACUGAUCUGAUCAUUUUAGGUUUAUCGGUCAUUGGGGUGAUUGUAAGGCUGUGUGUACCUGACAUCAUUGUAUGUAGCAUGCUACAGUGUAGCCUUGGAGCCCUUCACUGUUCACAUUUUGUAUUGCACAUUUUGAAUACGGACAUUUUGUAAAGAAAUACGGUAUAUGCUUGAAUGUCUUAGAUUAAAUACAUAU